GAGUGGUGGACCAGGGCUGUUGAACUGCCUGCCAUCCCAAAACCCAGUUGUGAGCCAGUGUGGUGGAGGCUGUGCCUCCCCCGCUUGCAUGAAAGCCAGGAGCUGGGCUCCCAGAAGGCAACUGUGCCCGCCGGGGAGCAUGUUGCUGGCCUUUGCCUCUCUGCUCGGCUGCCUGCUCACCUCAAGCGAGGCCAAGGUCUACAGUCGCUGUGAGCUGGCCAGAGUGCUUCAGGAUUUCGGCAUGGAAGGAUACCGGGGAUCCACCAUGGGUGACUGGAUCUGUCUUGCUUACUUCACAAGUGGCUUCAACACAGCUGCUGUGGACCACGAAGCCGACGGGAGCACCAACAACGGCAUCUUCCAGAUCAACAGCCGGAAGUGGUGCAAGAACUUCAACCCGGAGGUCCCCAACCUGUGCAAGAUGUACUGCUCCGACUUGUUGAAUCCUGACCUGAAAGAUACUGUUAUCUGUGCCAUGAAGAUUGUGCAACAGCCCCAGGGUCUGGCCAGCUGGAGGGCCUGGAGGUGUCACUGCCAAGGCAAGGACCUCAGCGACUGGGUGGAUGGCUGUGACUUGUAG